ACAGCUGAUACGUUUCUCCCUAUAACUUGAAUAUUUGCGAUAUAUAAAAGGUGCAAAAAAACUCGAUACUGUCGCAAUGUUAUGUUUCUUCUCCGAACCGUCACUCGUGUAGCGAAACAGGGAAAACCACUUUCGUCAAGGGCAAUUGUAACACAGUCGUUCCAAACACAACGCAAAGCACCCCUAAGAAGUGCGUGCGUAUUCAUACGCACGAUGGCUCAAAACGCGUCGAAGAGACCGUUGAAUCGUCUUGCCCAAGCAAAGAGCCCAUAUUUGCUGCAACAUGCCGAAAAUCCGGUUGACUGGUACGAAUGGGGCCCGGAGGCAUUUGAGAAAGCCAAACGAGAGGACAAACCUAUUUUCCUAUCUGUAGGCUAUUCCGCAUGUCAUUGGUGUCAUGUCCUGGCCCACGAAAGCUUUGAAGACGAAGUUACAGCGAAGAUCAUGAACGAUAGUUAUGUGAAUGUCAAGGUUGACAGAGAGGAACGACCUGACGUAGACAGGGUAUACAUGACAUUCCUACAGGCAUCCUCCGGCGGCGGGGGAUGGCCGAUGUCUGUCUGGUUGACUCCUGAUCUUCACCCAUUCUUUGCAGGUACAUACUUUCCUCCAAGUAGAUUCAGAGACAUUCUCGUGAAACUGGCUCAAAUUUGGGAAACGGACAAAGAACGCGUCGUUCAAAGUGGGAAAUCGAUUACCGAGCAACUACAGGAUGUCUCAGCUAUUGUUCCGGAUACAGCAGAAGUCUCCAUAAACAAGGCCGCUGAAGCAGUCUACAAUCGUCUCGCCAGGUCUUUUGACCUUGAACAUGGUGGUUCCAAAGGCGCACCCAAGUUCCCUUCUCCUGCUCAGACUACACAUUUUCUCGCUCGUUAUGCUGCUCUGAAUCCAUCAGUGGAUAACGCUGCGAGGGACAUGGCUGUCAAGACUCUCAUGGAGAUAUUCAAGGGUGGGAUUCAUGAUCAUAUAGGUCAAGGUUUCGCUCGAUACUCGGUCGAUGAGCAUUGGCACGUUCCUCACUUCGAGAAGAUGCUGUACGACCAAGCACAAUUACUCUCGUCCGCCCUCGAGAUAUCCCAACUACUUCCCGAUAACUCCUUAGAACGGGGAACACUCCAGGCUAUGGCUGCAGACAUCAUCACUUACGUAUCCCGUGAUCUCCGAGGCCCCCAAGGCGCGUUUUACAGCGCAGAAGAUGCCGACUCACUUCCUAGCAAGGACAGCACUGUCAAGAAAGAAGGUGCAUUCUACGUUUGGACUGAUGAUGAGCUGCAUCAGUUACUUGGAGAAGACGCUGAGAUCUUCAAUUUCGCUUUCGGUAUCAAAAGGGGUGGGAAUUGUGAUCCAAAACAUGAUAUCCAAGGCGAAUUGGAAGGAAAGAAUGUUCUGUACAUCGCUCAUUCCACUGAGGAAACCGCGAAGCAAUUCAAUCGUAGCAUUGAAGAUAUCUCUGCAAUCCUCGAGCUCUCGAAUGCAAAGCUUAAGGAGUACCGAGACAACGAGAGGCCAAGGCCUCAUCUGGAUGACAAGAUUCUCACUUGUUGGAAUGGCUUGAUGAUCUCUGGACUUUCCAAAGCAGCGGAAGCUCUGACCGAAUCUCAUCAACCUCCAACUUCGCCUCUCAAGCUCGCCGAAGAUGCUGCUGACUUCAUACGAAAAGAGCUGUAUAAUGAAGCUAGCGGCGAACUUCGUCGAAGUUACCGUGAAGGUCCUGGACCUGUAGGUCAAGCAGAUGAUUACGCUUUCCUUAUUCAAGGUUUACUGGACCUUUACGAGGCGAGCGGCAAGGAAGAGUACGCAUCGUGGGCUAUUCGAUUGCAGGAAAAGCAGGAUGAGCUUUUCUACGACAACGAACUCGGAGGCUACUAUGUUUCCGCACCUGACGAACACAUCAUUGUGCGAAUGAAGGAAGCUCAGGACGGUGCUGAGCCAAGUGCAGCCUCUAUUUCGCUUUACAACCUCAACCGUCUGUCACACUUCGCCGAAGACAAAUACAAAGAUUAUCAUACGAAGGCUCGGAGCGUCAUCAAGUCGAACUCUCAGCUUUUGAAUUCUGCGCCGUUCGCAGUUGCUACGAUGGUCAGUGCAGCAAUGAUGUGGCAGAAGGGUUACAAACAGUUCAUUGUCACUGGUUCCCCAUCUUCGGUCAAAACUGUCGCCUUCUUCGAGUCAAUCCGAAAGCCAUUCAUUCCCAAUCGCGUUCUAAUUCACCUAGACCCAGAUCAUCCUCCCCAAGAGCUGGCCAGGUUGAACGGUACAUUGCAAGGCUUGAUCACGGAGGACUCGUUGGCGAACUCAGAGCCUAAUAUUAGAAUCUGCGAGACCUUCACCUGUGGAUUGCCGAUCUAUGAGACAGAAGAGCUGAAGAAGCACUUGAUAUGAGGCGCAGAUGCCAUCAUUCAGGAGUAUUCGCAUUCGAAUUACAAUCUGUAGCAAUGAAUUCACUGAGAACGGAUCAUGUAUCAAUAGUAAAACUACGUACUGUGGACGCUAAUUCCAUGAAACUUUCAUGACAC